GGGAAGUGUUGUUGCACCAGAGAGUUGUUGGCCUAGAGACUUGUUUGUUUGGAGUAGGACAAAGAUGGUGUUGGAAUUGCACUGCUGUUGAUGUGUUCAGUUUCUGUUUGGACUGUUUGGACCGCGGCAUGUGUCGAACUACGAUGAAAAAAGUGUCUCACGUCUCAUCAUUGGCGCUAACGUGAACAAGUGACGCUGGGAACAUCAAGUGGAGACAAUGGUUUCGAAAGGCUGGAGAGGACUGCAGCUGCAUCCAGAGGGCUAAUUUGCCUUAAGACGAAAGUGACACUGAGAGCGACAACGGAAGAGAGCGAGAGACUGACAAAGUGUGUGACGAAGGAAUUAUGAGGCUGUUCAAUUCCGAUGCUGAAGAAGACGACUUUAGCGGUAUAUCGGAGGAGGAUGAAGACAGCGAUGAAUAACUUUUCUGGCUGACGUCCAUGACACUGCUGGCUUCUAAUUGGGACCUGCUGGAUUUUUCACUGUUGGAGUCCACUUCCCGGCCACAACAUGAGUCAUCAACUAUUGCCACGCACUUCUGGGCAGUCUUCUGGAAGACAGCAUGUCAGAUCCACUUUUUGCUCAUCACCUCAACUCAGAAGACGACAGUCAGUCAACCGGGGAGAGAGCAGCAGGCAGGUUCCAAGCCUGAGGCGGACCACUCGGAAGGGAGCUCUGAUGGUCUAUUUCUUCUUCUAAGCCCCUCCCCGGGUUCCAAAGCUUCAGGGAGUUGUGAGUACCAUUUAACCAGCCCAAUCAUACACAGAAGUGAGCACCAGUGUGUUUUGCGUCUGGCUCUGUAUGAGACAUCACCAACAGCGGGGGACCUCUUGGUCCUGAUCAAGCCGCUGCACUCAAGUUCAUUCGCUGAUGUCAUCGCUGUCCGGCCUGAGAGACGAAAGGACAUCAGGGCGGAGUGGGAAGCUGUAGAGACUUUGAUAGGCCAAGUGGACAAGCCCUUCCAGGUGACCCUAAGCUACACCGGGUGUGUGGAGGGCGGAGCCACAGUGGCUCUUGACUCUCUGCAGUUCAUAGAUUGUGAAACAGAUAAAGAGGAUGAAGUGAUCAAACCAGAUGUGGACUGUGGCGAUAAUUUCUACUGUGAAAACUCUGAAUAUUACAUCGACCAAAAGCAAUUGUGCGAUUUCCACACAGAUUGCCCUUUAGGAGAAGAUGAGGGUUUGAUCUGCGGUGCACUUCCAUUUGGCUCACACUGCUCAUUUGAGCAGGAUGCUUGUGCUUGGUCGGUGUCCAAGCAGCACUCUGCCUGGAGGAGGGUGGCCGGGGAUGAGCUGCUACAGAAAGAAGACAUGCAGGGUCUCACCCUGAAGAGUACUCCAGGACACUUCUUGUUCCUGGAGAUAAGACAGAGAAAUUUUGUGCAAGAGGCAUCUGUUCACAGCCACGUUUUCCCUCCUCCUGUCUCCAAUAAGACUUGCCAGAUGCGUUUUUCUUUUUACCUGUUUGGGCGCUUCAAUGGCUCCUUGUCAGUGACUUUAGAGGAGAACGGGACCACCUCUGGACAUCUGGUUUGGGAGAGAAAGAGUCCUUCAAAGGAUGACUGGGAAGAUGUUGUCCUGCUCUUGACUGGACUUCAUCAUGAGUUCAGUGUUAAGGUGACAGCUGUUUGGUUCCAAGGCUCCAAUGCUGAUGUUGCCCUGGAUGACAUCGCAAUAGGUGCCACCUGCUUUGAUACAGAUCUCAACUCUUUCCUGCCCAUGUCUGACCUGAGGGAUUUCUUUAGCCCCCUCGCAGAGCCUUCAUCAUCAGAGGUGUCUCUGAUGACCUGGUUUUUUAACUCAUGUGGCGCGAGCGGACCCUACGGGCCAACCCAGGCCCAGUGUGACAGUACCUACAGGAACAAAAAUGUCAGCGUGAUUGUGGGGAAGGAAGGGCCCUUGAAAGGAGUCCAAAUGUGGAAGGUCCCUGCCACCAACAGAUACCAGAUCUCCGCCUACGGGGCUGCAGGAGGGAAAGGAGCCAAAAACCACAACAAACGCAACCACGGCAUUUUCAUAUCAGCUGUGUUCCCUCUGGAGAAAGGAGAUUUACUUUACAUCUUAGUGGGCCAUCAAGGAGAGGAUGCAUGCCCGGGAAGAAAUUCCCAAUCCCAGAAGAUUUGCCUUGGAGAGUCUUCUGUGAUUGAAGAUGGACACCAGGGGGAGGAGUGGGCUGGCGGAGGAGGCGGUGGAGGAGGAGCUACCUACAUCUUUAAGAUGGAGCGUGACGUGCUGGUUCCCUUGAUAAUUGCGGCCGGUGGAGGAGGAAACGCUUACAUGGAAGACCCAGAAUCCAGUCUGGAUCAAAUACCUCUGGAGCAGUUUGAGAACAGCACCACAGCCCCCAGUACCGAUGGCCGAACUGGCGCUGCAGGUGGAGGUGGAGGCUGGAAAGACAGUCCAGUCUCUCACCCUACGGCUGGCGGGUCCUUGGUGGAGGGUGCCAAGGGGGGUGCAGCGUGUCUUUUGGCCCAGUCCAAACUGGGCUGGUCCACCUACGGGGGGUUUGGAGGCGGAGGUGGUGCCUGCACUUCAGGAGGAGGCGGAGGCGGUUACAGAGGAGGUGAUGCUGCAUUGACGGAUGACAUCACAGCUGAUGGUCGCGAUGGAAUCUCCUUCAUUAACCCAAUUGGCGAGAUAUACCUGCAGCCUCUGGCAGCCAUGGAGAGUCACGGUGAGUGUGAGAUCAAGGUUCAGCUCAACUGCAGCCACUGUCAAUCACAAAGCUGCAGGCGUGAUGAAGAUACGCACCUCAUCCUCUGCCUGUGCCACAACGAUGAGAUCCUGGCCAGCGACAACGUCACCUGCAUUGCUCCUCAAGUCCUGCCUCCUCAGGGCCACAUGUCGACGACGUUGAUCCUGGCUAUUGUGACCUCCAUCGUCGUCAGCGGUGUGGCGUUGAUCUGCGCCACCAUCAUCCUCAUGUGGCACCGUUGGAAGAACGAUCUGCAGGCAGUGAGGGGCCGCCUCCAGAGUCCCGAGUACAAGCUGAGCAAGAUCCGCUCCUCCACCAUCAUGACGGACUACAACCCUAACUACUGCUUCGCUGGCAAAGCCGCAGGGCUCAGCGAGCUGAAGGAAGUGCCACGCAAAAACAUUACACUUCUAAGAGCCCUCGGCCACGGCGCCUUCGGUGAAGUGUAUGAGGGUCAGGUUCUUGGAAUGAGCACUGAGAACAGCCCCAUGCAGGUGGCCAUAAAGACCCUUCCUGAAAUCUGCUCGGAACAGGAUGAAAUGGAUUUCCUCAUGGAGGCGCUGAUCAUGAGCAAGUUCAACCAUGAGAACAUUGUACGCUGCAUCGGCGUCAGCCUCAACAUCCUGCCACGUUUCAUCCUGCUGGAACUCAUGACUGGAGGAGACAUGAAGACCUUCCUGAGGAAGAACAGGCCUCAACGUGGCCAAGCUCCUUCUCUCAGCAUGCACGAGCUGCUGCAAAUGGCAAGAGAUAUUGCACGUGGGUGCCGUUACUUGGAGGAGAACCACUUCAUACACAGAGAUAUUGCUGCUAGAAAUUGCCUGCUUACCUGCCCUGGACCGGAUAGGGUGGCCAAAAUUGGAGACUUUGGCAUGGCGCGAGACAUUUACAGAGCCAGCUACUACCGGAAAGGUGGUCGUGCCAUGCUGCCUGUCAAGUGGAUGCCACCUGAGGCGUUCAUGGAGGGGAUCUUCACCUGCAAGACUGAUACGUGGUCAUUCGGAGUACUACUGUGGGAGAUCCUCUCUCUGGGUUAUAUGCCCUAUCCAUGUAAGACCAACCAGGAGGUCCUGGAGUUCGUCACCAGUGGAGGCAGGAUGGACCCUCCCGAGGGAUGCCCAGGCCCCGUCUAUCGGAUCAUGACCCAGUGUUGGCAACACUGUCCUGAACACCGGCCCAACUUCUCCACUAUACUGGAAAGAAUCAACUACUGCACUCAGGACCCAGAUGUGAUCAACACACCCCUCCCAGUGGAAUAUCGGCCUACCGCAGACAACGAUAGCGGUGCAGUGAUCCGCCCCUCUGAUCACACGCCCACCAACCUUACUCCCCUCCCGGUCUCCCUGGACUCCUCCUCCCAGCUGGGCCUCUUGGCGCCCUCAGCUCAUCUCCCGCAGCCCGACAAACCUCGCCUUCUCCUCCAAAGAAGCCAGCCUGUCCAGAACGAGGUGACAUCCUGCCGGGAGGUUCUCCUAGAGCCCUCCUGGGCCGAGCCGAUCCCGCCAGCUCCUGCGUGCAUAGGAGGCCCGUGGCUCCACCCUGAGCCUCUAAUCCAGCGACCUUGCCCCAAAAACAGCUCUUCCACGGGGAGCCAGCGGCUGAAAAACAAAACCAAGAAUUUGUGGAACCCGACAUACGGCUCGUGGGUUUUGGAUAGCUUCAAGGUCAAGAAGACCCUCGCUCACACUCAGUCCAUGCCCCUCUCAAGUCCUCCGUCCACUUCCUGCAAUGCACCAGCAGCUCAGUCCUAUAUCACAGCCUCGGAGUGCAACCGGGCAGGCUGUGAAAUCUCCAAAGCUCCCAGCUUCUGCUCUUCCUCACCGCCUUUCUGCCAGGGUCCAGUCACACAGAGCGUGGCCUCCAAUAAGAGCCAAAGCAGCGGCGGACACUCAAAGGGUGGCAUGGACCUGGCUAAGCUCCAGAGUUUCCCCUGCGGCAACGUCAACUACGCCUAUGACGAGCAAAGCUACGAGGCAGAGAGCUUGCCCUUGGUGGCCCAGACAAAAGCCCCGGAUGUCAUCAAAAACACCAUCUCCGCCCCCAGCGUCUCCUCGGGUUUGGGGCUAUCUCUGGGCCUCUACACGUCCUCCUCCUCCUGCAUGCCAAAGCUGCUGCUCAAGCGGCACGCCAGCUACGGACAUGAGGACGUGAGAAGACACACCAAAGCUGAGAAGCCCACGCGAGACCGAGACUCUGGUUUCUCUCUGUCUGAAGACCUGAGCGUCACCCCGAUCUAGGAGCAAAACUCUGCCAGCUAUUAGGUUUUCUGGUGCUGGAAGAAACCCUCACACACACCUCUGCGCUGUGAUUCAGAGAGCUGGACUCUUUUUGCUGGAGGCUUUUCAUGUGCUUCUCCUUCCAAUCAUUGUCUCCAAAAUGCUGAAACGUUGUCUUAACUAUUUUUCCUGAAAACGUUUGGCAGUUGACCAAAAGCAGCCGAAAACCACUGGAAGGAAAAUCGCCUCGCAAUUUGCUUUAAUGGACGUUUGUAUUCACUGAGCAAAAGGAUGGCAGGAAUGACUUUUUGGACUCAUUUUUGAGCAACUUGGAUAAUGUGAAACGAUCCUCCUCCCACGUAAACACUGCAAUAACAUGUACUUUUCUACAAAGAACCCCUGAAGAAAAAAAAAAAGACACAUUAAAGACAAGCAGGCUACCUAAGCAUUUCAUCCACAUUUACUGGUCUUGUUGUCAUGGAGACGACAUGCCAUCAUGACCAGCUGGUGGCUGCAGAGUCAAGGUGGGCGAUACGGUACCAAGUAAAUACAGCACCAGUAUUACCGAUACCAGUAGUUUUCAAUAUCUUGAUUUUUGCCUUUAAUUUGUUGAAACGCAGGACAAAGAUUUUAGGUAACCAAAAAAAUGUAGACUUAUUUCUGAACAAGAUAUACUGUAAUUACAAAAAUAAAAGAUAAUGUAACAAUAUUAACAAAAUAAUAAAAUGUUCUGUUUUAUUACAUGCAAUUGUUUGAGCAACAUAAGUCAACAAAAACAAACCUAUUUGGGCCAAGACCGUAUUCCCUGAGUUUGUUAACAACACAUACACUAUAUUUGAACAACACAACAACAAAAAUUAAUAUUUGUGAAAGUAAACUGGAAAAUAUCGCUCUCACCAUGCUACUAUCGAUAAGAUACUGAUAUCACCGUUGUGUCCAUUCUCUUGACAUUUGGAUCGAUCCGCUGACCCCCGACUGAUCGAUUGCCAGCUACUGUAUUCUGUUGAGGUUAAUUGUAUUGUUAUGGACUAAAACGCAAUGUAAUGUAAUGUAAUGUGUUUAUUGCUUUUUAGAAGGGAUGGAGGCCAGACAAAAGCAGAUGAGCUCUUUUAAAAACCCUUUUUGUGGUCUUGGAGCUAUGCUAAGAUAAAUCAGGCUAAUCUGUACGGAACUCAGGUGGUGUCAAUGUUAUAAGCGAAUAUAUUUUACAAAUUCCUGAAUUUCCACUUAAAGGAGCUGGGUAUUUUUGUUUAAAGGGUUAGUUCGGAUUUUUUGACAUGACAUCCCCAUCAGCAUUGUAGUCCAAUAACAGCGACUGGCUCCCGCCGUAUCCCUCCGCACUGUCGCCUGUUCGUUCAUGUGUAUGUGACGAAGACAUCCGCAUCUUCUUCCGCUGUGGAACACGGACGUAAACAAGAUGGCCGCGGCGCUCCGUCGCGGAAAUAGAUGCGAGCGUCUUUUUCACAUACACAUGAACGCACAGCGCGACAGUGCGCAGGAAUACGGCGGGAGACAAAUAUAUAACGCCAAGCGUUUUGUGAGGACCAAGUGGGCGGUAAGUCGCUGUUAAUGGACUACAAUGCUAAUGGGGAUGUCAUACAACUUCAUGUCAAAAAAUCCGAACUACCCCUUUAAUUCAGAGUAGCACGGAGCUGAGUAUCGUCUUGAGUUGAUUUCUCAAUGUACAAAUGUUGACAUAAAAGUAUACAAUGAUGACAACCAUGCAGCUGUGAAAUAUUUGCUAUUUUUAUACUCACCUCUGUACACUGGACUAACAUUUGUAAUUUUUUUACUCGUCAUUUGUAGCCAUAUAAUGUACAUUGCUUUGUCAAUCACUGCCAUACUACGACACUAGAGUUGUAGUACCCACGGUUACUCAGCAGAGGGGGGUAUUGAGCUGUGACAUACCAAACAAGCUGCUGCAUUGAUCUCGGUCUUGUGUGCUAAUCACGUUACAGUAAAAUGAGAUCAUAUGUAUACAGUUUUUCUGAUUUGUUCUUGUAGAUUAUUCCUCAUCAAUCACACUUUUUUGAUCACACUAUUGUUCACCUUAAAAAUGUUUUAUUUUUACAUGCUUUUACUGCUGAUAUGUUACCUGCUGAUAUUUGAAUGACAAACGCAAUGUGUGUUUUAACAUUGUCUAACUCUGCUUAUUUUUUUGUGAUAUUUGUUUCUCAUAGCUGAAGCUAAAGUGUGAACUCUAUGCAAUGUAAUGUCUUUCACAUUUGCAACUAACCAAAAUGUACCCAAAGGAAUAAACUGAACCAACCAUUCAUCCAUUUUUUGUGUAUAAUUG